AUGUUAUGCCCUCGCUUCCCCUUCCUUCCCCGCCUCCGGUUCCAAAGCCUCGCCGAGGCCGAUAGCCCGGGCCCCUUCCCCCCGGUCUCCAAAUCCCUGCCGCAGGGGCCGCCCGGGAGCGCUGCGGCGGCGCCGGAGUCUUGGGGCACCUCACCCUUCCUGGAUUUGGAGCGGAGCCGGGCUGACAGCGCAGCCCAGCCCCCCUGCCCGCCCUGGAGCGCUCCGCGGAGCUGUCACCCGGCCGCUGCCCUUCUCCGCACCCUGGGAUUAUCCUCUCGCUCCAAGCUGCGUCCCCAUCCCCGCCCCCACCUCAGCUGUGGCUCCUCCGACGAGUCAGGUGACGGCGGCGGACAAACCCGGACGAGCCCUCGGCGGAGUGCCUCGCGGCCCCCUCCCAGCUACUCACACACACCGCCCCCCGGGGCUGGGAGCUUAAAGGCGAGGGGGCGCCUCGCGCAAGCAUCCCCGGCAAGCGGGAGGGGAGAAGAAGGAGGCGGGGAGGCGAGGAGGCCGACACCCACCCAGCCAGCCGCUCUCCGCUGGGCUCCCGGCCGCCCCUCCGCUGCUGGCUCCGCACCCGGCACGCACUGGGAGCGCGCACCGCGCACACCUGCCCGCCGACUGCUGGGGGCUCCCUGGGCGGUAGGGGCGUUGGCCAAGCCAGGCGAGAGGACUUCUCGGGUUCUACUCGGUGAAGGCCAAGGCAAGGGCGUCGUCGCCCGCUGCCUGGCGAAGCCCAGCCCCUUCUCCCCCACACUGUCGCUGACACGCCCGCCUGUCAAAGGCACCCAGGCCCAGAUGAGCAGGGUGAUUUUAAAUGUCAGAUCCUGCCGGCCAUCUGCGACCGUUACCUGUGCGUCUUCAGCUCCUCAGGCUCCUCCGCUUGUCUCAGUUACAACUGGGAGCCCGGGUGGGCCGCCCUCAUUGUCUAUAUGGAUGAUGUCAUUCUCUUGCCAAAAACUCUUCAAUGACUUCCUACAGCAUUUGGCGUAAUAUAUUAGUUGCCAGGGAGCCUGAAGUUUUCAUUAUCUGAAUUUCACCUUGGGAUUAGGGGAAAGAAAUUGGAUAGUGUUGUCUUCUGAAGGCACUAUUCAGAUGAAUCCACAAGAACUCAGAGGAAGAGAGGGAAUAUGCUAAAGAAACUCAUUUACCCUUGUCCUAUUA